CGAGGGCGACAACGGCGACGACGACGAGGAGGACGGAGGAGCGUCGGCGGUGGAGGGGGUGGACAUCCACGCGGGAACACGAGGCAGGCGCACCCGGCCGGCACGCGCACACACAUCCUAAGAUGUGAUUUCAAAAAUGGCGGAUUGCCCCUAUGCCCGCUGCAUACAGGAACGCAGACACAUCCGACGGGAGCUGCUGCGAUGGACAAAGAAUAUGGUCUUCGUAGUCGGUCUGGAACGGGUAGCAGAGGAGUUGAUGGGCCGUAGGAGAUGGAAGCAAUACCAGGACACCCUGUACAGCGGCACCCGCAGCAGCGAAUCACAGCCCCACCAUCGGCUUUACCCGGCGUUGUCGUCGUCCUGCAACCCGAUACCCGGGAGCCUGGACCAGAUUGGGCCGCAGCUGCAUCACCCGGCAUCCACGUCGUUGCCGUCGACGGUGCUAACGACGGCGACGACCACGACGACGACGACGGCGACGACCGGCGUGGUGAAGCAGGAGAGUCUCCAGAGGCAUCAUCUGCAGAAUCACCAUCAUCAUCUGUCUGCGCCGGUUCAGGAUCACCUACAGCAGGAGGAUUCGCGCCGCUUGAGGCCGGGCGAGAUCAAGAUCGAGACCGCCGACGAGGAGGCCACAGACGGUGCCGCGCGGGAGGACACCUCGACGAGGACGACGGAUACGACGUCGGCGACAGCGACAGCGACGGCGGGAGUAACAAUAACGACGGUGACGGCGACGACCACCGGUAUCGCGACGACCGCGUCGACAACGACAACGGCGACCGGCACGACGACGAUAGCGACGAGACGGCGACGUGGGCGCCGGCAAAACGACGGGGAGGACGUCGACGGAGAGGAGGACGGCGACGAGAACGACGAGGAGACGGGACAGGGCCAGAACGAAGCGGAAAAACGGCUCAAGCUCGACGAGAACGCCGACAGAUCGGCGGUCAGCCCUCUCAGGACGGAGAACGAUCGUGCGACUCGGGAUCAUCCGACUGCCAACGCUACCGACACGGAAGGGACCAAGGAACGAACGGAGGAAGUCGCGUUGGAGCGGGCACCGGUAACACAGGGCUUACUGAGGGUAAAGAAAGAGGAGGAACUGCAGGAAGUACCGGGUUCUGGCGGCGGCACCACGAUACUGACGACGCCGGCGACGAAUUCGGAAGGGACCAGGUCGGGGCUGCUAUGCCGCGACGGAAACGCGACCGCGACGAGCGUCGCGACGCCGUUUCUCCUUGGAAGACGCACGAGCCCGCCGCCGGAGGACUGGAAGCCGCUCGACAAGUGUUACUUCUGCCUCGACGGCAAGCUAUCCCACGACGACCAGCCGCCCCUUAGUCCGCAGAGCGACAGUAGCAGCAGCUCGCGAUCGGCGGAGUCACCGAUGUCGGUCCAGGUGGACCCGAUGGCGGCGUCCGUGGUCGCCGCCGCUCUCAGCGGUACUUACCCUACCUUGCUGCCCCAAUGGUGCUUACCGCCGAGGGAGGCGCCCCUCGUUGGGGUGCAGACCCAUCAAGACAGUGCCGCGGUGGCCGAUCAACCGCUUGAUCUUUCGGCCAAACCCAGAAAUUCUCAGGACAACAACAUAUCUCUACUGGAACAACAGAAAAUACCUCUGAGAAUGCCGACAGGCAUCGAUCCCAAGACUAUCCUCAACUCGUGUUACCGCGCGAAACCGCGAAUGACCGGACCGGUUGUGACCGCGGCGGCGGCGGCGGCGGCUGCGGCAGGAGUCGGUGGUGUUCCAGUGGUGGGUGCCGGGGGCGGCAGGAGGACUUACACCGAGGAGGAGCUGCAGGCCGCCCUCAGGGACAUCCAGAGCGGCAAGCUCGGCACGCGGAGGGCAGCGGUGAUCUACGGGAUACCGCGUAGCACUCUGCGCAACAAGGUCUACAAGCUCGCGAUGGAACGCGAAAGGGACGCGUCCCUGACUAGCACCCAUUCACACCCUCACGAGCCCGGCGCCCCAGCCACCACCACCACCACCAUCACCACCACCACCACCACCACUACUACUACUACAACACCACCAAAUACGACCCAAAACGCCUCCGCGACCACUCCGCCCCCGCAAGUGGACGAGUUUAACACACGGCAACUUGGUGUCCGCGAGGUUGCAAGAUUCGAGGUGGACGACAAAGAAUUAUCCGGUGCGGAAGAGGAGAAAGAAGUCGAGAAGGCCCUGCUGAAGCCUCUGCUUUCGUUGGAGGAUCUCGUAAGGUUUUCUACACUCGAGGGGACCGGUGGUGAUUCCCUCAGAAACCUGCUGCAACGAGGACACGAGACAGGAGCUGAAUGGCCGGGUCUGGAACACGCGAACAUCGGUCCCUACAUACAGAAGAUGUUGGCUGCCGCUGCACCAUUAGGCAUGGAUACGCGAGAUUACCGCAUACCCGAAGUAAUGAGGAAGCUGAUGAGCGAGGAUAAGAGGCUGAAUAAGAAUGUGAAUGGAGACCAGUCGCAGUCGCAUCAUCAUCAGCAACACCAUCCUCUCGCCGCACAUCAGCAAGCACAGUCGCAGCAGCGCGCACCUAUGACUAACGACGACUUCAAUCCCAACAUCGAGGAAGAAGCCAGCGAUAGUGCUCAGGGCAGAGCGAUACUGAAGAUUCCGUCCUAUAAGCCCGCCAGUACGCCGGGUUGUUCCAGCAAGAAUGGCGAGCCGACUUCCGCCGCGUUCGCCCAGAGCUUCGCGGCUGCCGCCUCGAGUCCGGGUCUCCUGGAGCGAGCUAGUCCAGCGUUCUCCGGCACCAGCAGCCCCACGAAUUCGCUGGUGGGCAAAGCGGUGGCCGUCAAUUUCCGCGACGUCAUCGCCAAGAGCAUUAGCGUCAAGUUCCAAGAGGGUCAGACGCCCGGCGCGCCUGGCAUACCGGGUUGCCAACCGACUGGCGUGGUUCCAUCGCAGCAGGCCAUGAUGACGGAUCCAAGUCCAUUUAAGAGAGGUCGUUACACACCUCCUCAGCCGCCGCAGCAACAGCAGCAGCAGCAGCAGCAGCAGCAGCAGUCAUCGGCGCAGCAACAACAGCAAACCAAGCAGCAGACGCAGGAAGCGAACAAACCAAAACCUGGCACCGGCGGCAAAGGCACCAGACCUAAGCGCGGCAAGUACAGGAACUACGACAGGGACAGCCUCGUCGAGGCGGUACGCGCGGUUCAGCGCGGCGAGAUGAGCGUGCAUCGUGCUGGCAGCUUUUACGGAGUUCCGCACUCCACCCUUGAGUACAAAGUCAAGGAGCGGCAUCUUAUGAGGCCGCGCAAAAGGGACCAGAAGCAACCAGACGACAAGUCGAAGGAGACCGCGACGACGGCGGCAGCGGCAGCGGCGGCCGCGGCGAUGCGGCCGAGUACUGCGGCCGUCGAUAAGAAGCCGCAGCUAAAGCCGCAAAAACCGUUCACGCCGCCCGGCGGUAUACCCGGUCCGAACGGACUGAAAAUGCCCCCAUUCAUGGAGGGCAUGCCCCACUUGCCGUUCGGGCCCUUCAACUUCUGGAACCCGACACCCUUCAUGCCCUCCCCGUUUAUGGGUGGCGCGCCGAACGUUCCGAUCCUUCCGGAACAAUACUUCGCGUCGCAGAGAAUGCGCGGACUGCAGGAGCAACAACGAAACGCCACGAUGGUACAGCAACAACACCAGCAACGAGAUCGAGAUGGAGUUGGCGUAUCCGGAACGGCGGACGCGGCCGGAACUUCAAACUCCCGAAGCGCUUCGAUGGCAAAGGCGCCGCGCGAUAUGGUGGAGAGCAUUUACGAUGGGCCCGGGGCGAACGGCAGUUUUCUGGACAAUCUGAUCAGGUCGAGCCUCGAGACAGGCAUUCCAAGGGACCAGCGGGCGAUAGCGGAGGCAAGAAACCAGCAGCAGUCGUCGUCGCAACAUCCAGAAACGAUGAGCAGCAAGACACUGAUCGACCAGCUCUGCAGAAAUUCAAGGAGGACCCCGCUGCCGCGAGUGGCGCAAGAUAGUAGCGAGGACGAGAGUUAUCGAGGACCAACGGGCAGGAUGGUGCCAGAGAGACCGGAGCGCGUGCCUACGGUCGAUCUCAGCCCCUCACCAUCGGAAAGGGGUCGCACGGAGGACGGCAGCGAUCGGCUGACGUCACCGCCGACGCCUCUGUCGAUCUCCCGAGCGGGUAGCAGGGACGAGGACAGCACCCGUGACUCGAGGAUCGAUCGCAACAGCAGAGAGCGCGAGGUUCACAACGGCGGCCAGGAGGAUCGCGACCGGAAGCAGCCUCUGAGUUUGCAACAGCAACAACAGCAACAACCACAGCUGAAUCAUUACCCGGACUUACACAACCUCUACGCCGCGUCAACUGACAAAAAAAGUGCCUGUGAUAGUAAGCUUAUAGUAGAUCAUUCGAGCCAGAAAACUCAGCCGCAGCAACAACAAAAGGAGUACGCUGCCGUGAGCGGGCUGGUCGUGCAACUGCAGAGGGGCUACAACACCGCGAGCAGCAGAUCCGGCGAGCCGACCAACAGUCAGCAGCCGGCGGCAGCGGAGCAGCGCGGCACCGCGCUCAGCAUGGAGGACUCCGUAGAGUAGACGAAAGUCAGUAUCAGUUAUCAGUAAAGUAUACAGUUAUGAGUACAGUAAACAAAAGAAAAGACCCGAUAUACAGUAAGCCCACAUUCCCACCCAGAUCUCUCACACGCACCGAACCCGUGCGCCUUCUCGUUGUUGCGCGCCGCGAACAGGGUUUCCCUUCGCGCUCGCUCAAUUUCCCAAUCUUGUCUACAUAUGUGCCAGGCAAGUGGGACGAUGUAAGAAGAAGUAGAAAACUACUCGCGCUGUAUGAUCGCUUCGAGCACAGGGACGAAGGGAAUCCUCAGAUACGUGGCCGACGCGAUAUAGUACCUCGAUUAUCCCACGACCCCCUCCUGCUCCCCCACGAUCUCUCUAUUUCAAUCGGAAGAAACCUCGAACGUUGCGAGGCAAGUCCAGUGCAAGAAGAGGAGAACAAAAAGUGGCGAUGCAUAAUUGCUAGCACAACCAACCAUAAACCCACUGCAAUUCCGCCAGUUAGCGCUAUACCCGCCGUACGAACCCGCGUCCGGCUGGCCACCGUCUGGCCAACCUGGUAUUAGGCGCGCGUGCAGGAAACCCUUUUGACUACGGUGAAAGUACAUUUCGCACCGGAGUGUAUCGAAAACGUAAACGGAUAAAAGACACACGCGACAUGUUCAUCGUGCCGAGUAUUCACACGCGACACGCUUUAGCCGACGCAAGGACCCAUUCUGACCGCGUUUCUACAAGCCCGACAUUCCACGCGACUCUCUUACAUACAAGUAUCAACACACAGUUGACACAUAAAAAAACACAUGCCCACAUCAUGUACACGAAUAAGUACAUAUACGCGAGUAUACAAAAAUGGGGAACAUAACGAGAUAUUUAGGCGUUGCGCGCGUGCACGUGUCGUUGCAACGACGUAGCCGAGAUCUCCUUAGACCUUCGCGCUGCGGCACCAAAUUUCGUCAAAUUAUAUCGCGAAUUCUGAGAUAUUUUAUGCUAAUGCAAAAUUCAUUUCUACAAUAAACGCGGAGAUACUCGGGAUCGAUACGAGUUCGUCCCACGAUCUGGCAUCUCUCGAAGGAGGUUCGUCGCGACGUCGUGAUGCACGCGUGGGCACACGCAACGCAAAAUGUUAGCCGUUCGAUGAUUAUUAUUACAAUUAUUAAUUACUGCUACCACUAUCAAUCGGUGGACGACGACGAAAGGUCAAACGAUGGAACAAAACGCCGACGCGACAGCAUAUUUUUUCCUCUGUGAGUGUAAAACUAUCUAAUGCAAAAA